GCCGCGUCUGUUGUGACUCCGGCAGCCUAUCCCGAGGGUGGGGAGCUGCGGAGGAGCCGGAGCCGAGCGGUACUCCGCAGCAUCACGUGCCGGGGUGGGGGCUAUAAAUUCCCGGAGCCGGGGCUCAGGGCGGGGGACGUGAGGACCAGCCCUUUCCAGGGACCCCUUUGUUCGAAGCCCAGACGCCGACACCUCCGCGUCCCCAAGGGCUUGACCGCCUGCAUCCGCGCGGAGCCCAGGGCAGAGCUCAGAACAGGAGAGGGGAGGAGGCGCCACGGCCGGCAGGGCCCUCCAGCCACCCACCCCUCCCGACAUGUCGCGCUCCUUCUAUGUCGAUUCGCUCAUCAUCAAGGACUCCUCACGGCCCGCGCCCUCGCUGCCUGAGCCGCACCCGGGGCCAGAUUUCUUCAUCCCGCUGGGCAUGCCGUCCCCGUUGGUGAUGUCUGUGUCCGGGCCUGGCUGCCCGUCCCGCAAGAGCGGCGCGUUCUGCGUUUGCCCGCUCUGCGUCACUUCGCACCUGCAUUCCUCUCGGGGGCCGACGGGCUCGGGCGGCGGGGGCGCAGGGACCGGGAGUGCAGGGACUGGGAGUGGCGGGGUGACCGGGGGCGCCGGGGCUUUGCCCCUGCUCAAGAGUCAGUUCUCUUCGAGUCCUGGGGACGCGCAGUUUUGCCCGCGCGUGAGUCACGCGCACCAUCAUCACCACCCGCCGCAGCAUCACCAUCACCACCACCAACCCCAGCAGCCCGGCUCCGCCGCUGCAGCGGCGGCCGCAGCAGCGGCGGCGGCGGCAGCGGCGGCGGCCUUGGGGCAUCCACAGCACCACGCACCUGUCUGCGCUGCCACCACCUACAACGUGGCGGACCCGCGGAGAUUCCACUGCCUCACGAUGGGGGCCUCGGACGCCAGCCAGGUACCCAAUGGCAAGAGGAUGAGGACGGCAUUCACCAGCACGCAGCUCCUGGAGCUGGAGCGGGAAUUCUCUUCCAACAUGUACCUGUCUCGACUCCGGAGGAUCGAAAUCGCCACGUACCUGAACCUGUCGGAGAAGCAGGUGAAAAUCUGGUUUCAAAACCGCCGGGUAAAACAUAAGAAGGAAGGGAAGGGCACUCAGAGGAACAGUCACGCGGGCUGCAAGUGCGUCGGCAGCCAGGCGCACUACGCGCGCUCUGAGGAUGAGGACUCCUUGUCGCCGGCCUCUGCCAAUGAUGACAAGGAGAUUUUCCCCUUAUGAGGGAGGGAAGCCCCCCCUCCAUCACAUGCUGUCGGGAGCCCCCAGGACAUCAACACGGAGGGCACCCAGGGGCCAAAAUCCUCGCCCAUUCUGGGGUCUCAUCUGGAGAAAGACGGAGCCGAGUGUUCCCAGAGCAUACAUGCCAGACCUGACCCUUCACUUUUCCUUCUUGACCUAUUUGUUUAGGGUUCCACUGUCAGUAAUAGAUCGGGUGUUUUAUUUUUUUUAACUGUAAAUAAUCUAGAUUCAACUCAGUCUUGUCAUAUAACAGAAAGCACAGCGUUAGUUUAACACUGUAUUUUUUAAAGUGCGUAUCA